AGAGAGAGAGAGAUCCUCGGCCGGAGCAGGAAGCUGCUGCUGGGACAGAGGAGCGACGGAACAACGUCGACAUCAGCAGCAGGAGCAGCAACAGCAGUGGGGGGGAUUCACCAUAAUGUAGACCCAGCCGAGUACCACAUCCACCCACCAACACGAGCAGGUGUCUAAGCUGCUGGGGGGGCGAGAAGAGAGGCAGAGUUAUUUUUAUUUCCCCCCAUUUUUUUUGUGAGUGCGUGGUGAAAAUGAAGGAGCUGAAGGGCUGCGGUAUGCGGUCCUCGGUGGGCUUUCUGUCCCGCAGAGGGCUCACUGGGCAGCCGCUCAUGAAGGAUGAAUUCCAGAGACGCAGGCUGGCCGGCUGCACCAGCCUCUUCAAGAAGGACAUGCUCGGACACUUCGGCUGCGUCAACGCCAUUGAGUUCUCCAACAACGGCGGGGAAUGGCUGGUGUCUGGAGGAGAUGACCGCCGCGUUCUCCUGUGGCACAUGGAGAAAGCCCUUCAUGGUCGCACCAAGCCUGUGAAACUGAAGGGGGAGCACCUGUCCAACAUCUUCUGCCUGGCCUUCGACAGCACCAACAAGAGGGUUUUCUCUGGUGGAAAUGAUGAACAGGUGAUUCUUCAUGACGUGGAGAGGAGGGAAACGCUCAACCUGUUCCUGCACAUCGAUGCUGUGUACAGCUUAUCUGUCAGCCCCGUAAAUGACAACGUGUUCGCCAGCUCGUCCGACGAUGGACGGGUUCUCAUCUGGGACACUCGCGAGCCGCCACAUGGAGAGCCGUUCUGCCUGGCCAGCUACCCCUCCGCCUUCCACAGUGUGAUGUUCAACCCUGUGGAGCCCAGGCUGCUCGCCACCGCCAACUCCAAGGAGGGAGUGGGAUUGUGGGAUAUCCGCAAACCACGCAGCUCGCUGCUGCGUUACGGAGGCAACAUGUCACUACAGAGCGCCAUGAGCGUGCGCUUCAACAGCACCGGCACCCAGCUGCUGGCCCUGCGCCGCCGCCUGCCGCCCGUCCUCUACGAACUGCACUCGCGUCUGCCGAGCUUCCAGUUUGACAACCAGGGUUACUUCAACUCGUGCACCAUGAAGAGUUGCUGCUUCGCCGGGGACAAAGACCAGUACAUCUUGUCUGGGUCGGACGACUUCAACCUCUACAUGUGGAAAAUCCCAAAGGAUCCAGAAGCAGGAGGCCCCGGGCGCGUGGUGAACGGGGCCUUCAUGGUUCUGAAAGGUCACCGUUCCAUAGUGAACCAGGUCCGUUUCAACCCUCACACCUACAUGAUCUGCUCCUCGGGCGUGGAGAAAGUCAUUAAGGUGUGGAGUCCCUACCAGCAGCCCGACAGUCUGGGAGACCUGGACGGCCGAGUGGAGGACAAAUCUCGCAGCCUCUACACUCACGAGGAGUACAUCAGCCUGGUGCUUAACAGCGGCAGUGGUCUGUCCCACGACUACGUCAGCCAGUCCAUCCAGGAGGACCCGCGCAUGAUGGCUUUCUUCGACUCGCUGGUGCGCCGAGAGAUCGAGGGCUGGAGCUCGGACUCCGACAGUGACCUGAGCGAGGAGGCCAUAAUGCAGCUUCACGCUCGCGGACGCCGCUCUACGCGCACCACACCAGCGCCUCCCGCCGUCACCGCUGCCGCCGCCGCCGCCUCGGCCGCCGCUCACCACAGCGACUCUGAAAACUCCUCCUCGUCAUCUCUGCCGGGACCUGAUGCCUCAGGAGGGGAAGAGCCGGCUCGAGCGGAGGAUGAGGAGCGACCAAGGAGACGCAGCAGGCAUCAGCGGCAUCAGUCUGGCUUCCUGGUGAACGAAGACUCGGACUCGAGUGAGUUUUGGCUCGACCCCAUGCCGCGGCCUCGUUCCCCCAGCCCCAGAGACAACUCCACCCUGUCCAGCCCCGCGUCCUCCCCUUCACUCCCUGCCGGAGCCUCCAGCUCCUCCACGUCCACCUCCAGCUCCAGCAGCGACGACGAGGAGCGGCGCAGCGCGGUGAGGCGGCGCAAUGUCAUGAGGCGGCGGCGCAUGCAUGUGGUUUCCAGAGCUGAAGAUCGUCCCGAGUCUGCACAGGCUUUAUUUUCAGCCAUGGACUCCUGCAGCUACCCAUCAAUCUCAGUUGAUGACCUGUCCUCGUCCUCGUCAGGCGGCGGCGGCGGCGAGCAAAAUCCGAAACAAAUCAAGCCCCAAACUGGCAGUGCGGGAGAGGACGACGACUGUCUGAGUCCUUCUGACUUUGUGUGUUUAAGCCCAGAUAUGUCCCCAGAGAGCCAGGACAAUGAGAACGGAUAUGACAGGACUGAGCAGAAGAGACAUUCAGCUGCGUCUCCUCAGUCACUGGACGGACGCAGGACUGAGGGCAGAGCUGCUCCAGAGCCGGCUUUGGACAGCUCUGACGGUGGAGAGGCGGGCAGCAGCUCAGCAGCUGCGGACACUAACACCCAGAGCCGACGCAGCCCCGGAGUGAACGGGCAGCACCGGACUGUGGCGUCGCACGGGAGCGAGAACCUCGACGUCUUCUCAGAAUCAGAGGGAGAGACUGGCGUUACGCCCGAAGACACCAGGCCGCGGAGAGACAAGGUCCCAGCACAGAGCGCUCUGAAACGGACUCAUGUGGGAUCAGAAAAGGGAGAAUCAGGCUCCUCACCUUCAGAGAAGAAGUUAAAAACAUAAUGACUCAACUUUUCACGCCAAAAAACCAGUACUUUGUUAACAGACUUGAUUUAGGAAGGGGGUUUUCUAUGGGUUUGUACAACUCGGAUUUUUCAUUUUGUGUCUUUGCCGUCGUGAGUGUUUGAGCUCCUUAUGAGCAGACGUUCUUUUUUGUUUCAGAACAAAUUCGACAGUGUCGUCAUCCUGUUGGUCAAACCACAGACGACAUUAAAAGAUGGAAAAAAAAUCACAUGAAACAAAAGGUAAAUAUUGUCGAUAACAGUGGAAUUUAAAGUAAAACGCAAUGGCUACUCAUUUAUGUUCAUACAGCAUCAGCGUGUGUGUGUGUGUGUGUGUGUGUUUGUUUCUCAGUCAUGAUUUGUUUGUUGCCGAAAGCUCCACCCAGGAUUUGAAGCUUUAUUCAAAUGAGAGAAAAUAAGUUUUUAUUGAGGAGAGAAGCUCUGCAUAAUUUUAAUUUCUACAGUUUCACACCGAGCGUGAAUCUGAUCUAAUUUUUUAAGCGAUUUUCGGCCGCAUCCGCUUCAGCGAGCCUGAAGAAUUGACUGACUGUGUCUCCAUAGAAAUCCCGAGGAGCACCAUUUGUUUAAGCUGCACAUUGAAAUGAUGCUUUCGUUGUCUCUACCAGUUGUUUUUUUUUUUGUCUCAUUAUCCAGCCCUUGGGGUACCAUUGCAAGCCAGCUUGCUUUUGUUUUGUUGCAAUUAAAGAAUAAUGUGUUCUCCA